GGCAGUUCAUCCGCCUCACCUAAACCGCAUCAAUGCAAGCGAACCGGCCACCCAUCGCCCCCUCCUAAGCUUCCCUUAUUUAAGCCCUCCGAUCUCACAUCUCCGCUUCAAUUCCUCCUCGCGACUCCACCUCUGGGAACCAUGGCGGGCUUCCUCUCUACUCUCCGACGGAUCUACCUCUCCCUCUACAACUGGACCGUCUUCGUCGGAUGGUUUCAGGUCCUCUAUUUCGCCGCGAAGGCUCUGAGAGAAGGCGGGCCUACGACGGUGUACGAUUCGGUAGAGCGGCCGCUUCAGCUCGCGCAGACCGCUGCCGUCAUGGAGAUUCUUCAUGGCCUCGUAGGAUUGGUUAGAUCUCCGGUCUCAGCAACUUUGCCACAAAUUGGAUCAAGAUUAUUUCUUACCUGGGGCGUCUUGUGGAGUUUUCCUGAGACAAGGACACAUGUUCUCGUUAGCUCCCUGGUUAUCAGCUGGUCUAUUACUGAGAUUAUUAGGUACUCCUUUUUUGGUAUGAAAGAAGCACUUGGCUUUGCACCUUCCUGGCUGCUAUGGCUUAGAUACAGCACCUUCUUGAUAUUGUAUCCAACUGGAAUCACCAGUGAGGUUGGCCUCAUAUACAUUGCUUUGCCCUAUAUUAAGGCAUCUGAGAAGUACUGCAUUAGGAUGCCCAACAAAUGGAACUUCUCUUUUGAUUAUUUCUAUGCAUCGAUUCUUGCCCUUGCAAUCUAUGUCCCAGGCAUUCCACACAUGUACCAAUAUAUGCUUGGGCAGCGGAAGAAGGCUCUCUCCAAGUCAAAGACAGCAUAAGCCUGAUCAAGCAGGGAUGUAAUAGUGUCCUUUCACCGACUUUCGGUUCAUUGUAGCUGCAGUCUUUCUUCAUGACACAAAUUGAUCUCUGGAGAAUUGCUACGGGAAGUGCUGUUGAUCCUUUAAAUAAAUACAUUACCUUUCUUCUCGGUAGUGAAUUUUUUUUUUAUGUGUCUAGGUUAAUUGUAAGAACCAUAUCCUUCAUAAACUCCUGUCUGUUAUUGUUGUAAUUGCGACAUCAGUAUAGUUGGCAAUCUCAAAGAACUCGUACUCAUAUGGAAACCACUAAAACACUUUACUUAA